AUGACUACUGACCUACCCCCACGUUUUUUUACUAAUGAUAAGGGUACAUUUGGUGAAUACACAGCGGCUGUUCGUUGGCCAAUUAUUGUACAAAAUGCAGUAGACGAUAUGAAGAAAGAAUUGAAAACAGUUGCUUCCGAUGAUCUGGAAAAGAUUAAACAAGGGACUACUAUUACCAACGAACUGGUUGAGUUUCGUCAAGAGAUCCUCGACCGUAAACCUCUACGUCCAUUUACACUAGAAGAAGCCGAGAUUGCGUCGGUACCAGGAUCCUAUAAUGAAUAUCUUAUAGCUCAUAAUGGCGUUACUUGGGAUAAGGUUGAAUGGUUAUUUUCUGAAAUCUAUUUAUAUAGAAGAGUUAACGUUUAUUUCAAAUGCCAACCACUCUGGAAAGAUUUCGAUAUUUUUGAUGGGUUGAAACAAUUCACCUUUAAGUCUUCAUUGCAUGGUGUUGUUGAAUUGGCUAUGAGAUAUAAGACUCUUUCUUCUCAAUUUGCUACCAUUUCUGAAGAUAAAGAAUUACUCGAAAUUCUAUUCAAAGAAUUUAUUGAAAUUUCAUUAUGGGGGAAUGCUACCGAUCUAUCAUUGUUAACUAAUGCUACCUUGGAAGACCUUAAGUCUGUCCAAGGUGCUAAAGUAAGGGCCGCCUCAGAAGCCAAGAUUGUUGUGAAUGAUACUGAGAAGGCCUGGAAGAAAUUAAUGACGUUGAGAGAUAGUGGCUGUAAAAAUGUUAGGGUUGAUUUUGUUUUAGACAAUUCUGGCUUUGAAUUAUAUGCCGACUUGAUGUUUGCUGCAUUCCUAUUGAAGACAAACUUGGCUCAAAAGAUUAAAUUACAUGGCAAGGACAUUCCAUAUAUGGUUAGUGAUGUAAUGCUAAAAGACUUCCAUAUUCUAUUGAAAGACUUGAAGGACAGAUCAUUUUUUCCUGUGGACUCAGAAUCUGAAGAAUCAAAGGCCUUUGACCAGUUUGCUGACGAUAUCUCAACUUUUUUUACUAAUAACCAAAUCGAAUUCGAGGCAGAUUCCUUCUGGACCACCGAUUUAGAUUAUUGGAACAUUGAUCCUAGUGAAAACAAGUACAAUGGUGCUAAGGUUUACAAGGAUUUAUUGAAAUCCAAUUUGGUGAUCUUUAAGGGUGAUUUGAAUUACAGAAAAUUGACUGGUGACAGAGCAUGGCCACGUACUACGGCCUGGAACGUUGCCAUUGGUCCUCUCGCCACAAACGGCAUCACCCUGUUAAGUUUAAGAACUUGCAAGGCUGAUGUUCAAGUAGCUUUACCAACUGGGCUCGACGAGGGGCUAACACAGUUAUGGGAAAAGGACCAUCCUGGUCAAGGAUCUUGGUGGUGUUGUAGUGGUAAAUGGGCCGUUAUCUGUUACGCAACCUCCAAUUAA